GAGCUGCCUAUAAGGAGAGUGGAGACCAGACAGAGCAGAUGCAUUGGCAGGAGCAGAGCUGAGGGCUUUUUUUUUUUCUUUUCCUCCCUCCUGUCUCUUUUGUCGUGUCGGCACAGAUUAAAAAAAAAAAAUCAAAUGAACGUAGGCAAGGACCACCACCACCAUCAUCAUCAUCACCUCACAGCGAGCCUCUCAUCCUCAUCCUCAUCACCAGAGCUGCAUCCAGUGUGGAUCUGCUUGUGCGGCAGGCUAACGGCGUGCUAGCGGGGAGCUGCAAGGUUCUGUGGCAGCGGAAAGAGGAGGAAAAAAAAGGAGGAGGGGCUGUGGUGAGCUGGUGGGCUUCCUCUGCCUCACAGACACAUUUUAUUGACUUGCUAAUUGGAUGAGGCACUCGGAGGAGAGGAUGCAGUGACCGAGAGGAGCUACUCUCCAGAGGAAGGAUACAGGCAGCAAGAAAAGCAUUGCUUGGUUUGUGGGAAUCCAGCCACUUUAUCUCUUCUUCUUUUUUCCCCAACAUCUUCUGGAGGCAUAACAACAGAUGUUUUUCAGCAUCUCUCUGUGACCCUCGCACUGUGCAUACAUAAUUUUAUGCAUGACAUUGUCGAACGGAGGCUCCAGCUGCCAGACGCUUCGUGACAAGUGAAUGAUUUACAUUUUCUGUUCUGUUCUUUCUUUUUUUUUCUUGGACUCAUCAGCUGGAGAUCUUUUUUUUUGUCAGCUUUGUUUGAUGUGCCAUUUGAUACGAAUCUGAUGGCAUGAUAAAUGUACACGGAGCUGUGUAUGGAUAUUCUUCUGGGAAAAAAAACUGAAGCUUCGGUCUCGUCCUGGUUGCCAUGACUGAGGCGUGCAGGUCUGGUGAGGUCAGAGAGCAGGUGCUACUGUGCUGAGGUCUGCUGUCCCAAUGAGCAACGCAGGCAACCCACAGAAACGCACCACCUACCUCAUUUCCCUCACUCUGGUGAAGGUUGAGGCUGUGCCAGAGGAUGUAGCAGGGAACCAGGCCGAGGCUCUUCCAGAGGGGGAAGGGAGCCCACAGAAAGAGGAGAAGGAGGAGCUGAGCCAUCAUGCCCCUGAAAAAGAGGUGUGUGUGGAGGUGGUGGAAAAGGAAAGCACACAGGUGGAAGAGGAGUUGGAGGCGGUGCAGAUCAAGUAUGGCAGCCCCACUGAGACCAGAGGGAAGCCUGAGCGGAGGGAGACUCAUGGACACCAAAAGGACGUUGUGUCAGUCGGUAAGAGCAAAGAGACUACUUCUUUUGUGCAGCCACCUGUUAGGCAAAUGGUGAAAGUGUAUGGAGGAACUACCUCUGAGGGGACUGUGCGCAGAGAGGGACCUCGAUCAGAUGCCAUGCGUCCCAAAACGGAGAUCUAUCGGGAGCCCCCCAUGCUCUUCCUGAAGGGGGAGAACGGGGCAGAUUUAAGCAGUCGAUCACGUUGCAGCCUCCCCUUCUCAGUCCCGCCACCCAUCAGCCAGCGUCCUGAGGUCAUGAUGAGGCCCCAUGCUGGAGGUAACUCAGCCUGCUGGAGGGAGCUCAGAGAGGCCAAUGCCAGCUUGUACCACUCUGCUAAGACUCUGGACCGGAGAGAUAACCGUUUAGGGGACCAGUCCCCUUUAAUGGCAGCUACAACUCUGGGGCCUUACAGGGCAUCCUGGGCCGACAGCGACGGCAGAGGGACGCUCAUCCGGCCCGGAGCGCCCAUCAGCAGUGGAGGGUUUUCAGGCGUAAUGACCCGGGACAGCCCUCAGGGGGAGAGAUUUAAGACAGUUUCUGUUUCACUACCUGCACCUCCUGCCCCAGAUGUGUCCAGGCCUCAGAGAAAAGGUACAAGUCGUACUCUGGACAACAGCGACCUACAUUCCCUCUCUGAAGACCUGAAGAAGGGGAAGGAGGGCCAGGGGGGAACAAUCCAGCGAGCUCCUCCUCGUGAUCGCAAGAUGCUCAAGUUCAUCAGUGGGAUUUUUACCAAAAGUACACCUGUGCCGCCCAGUGUCAACACUGCACCUCCUCUCUAUCCAGCUCUGGAGAGGGGCUCGAGUGAGGAGGAAGCUGCGUGCACCAGCAGUCAGGAAUGGACCAUGAGCCAAACUGUACAAGAGCUUCAUUUGGGUGUUUUAGGAGGUCUGUGCAGUGGGAAGUCUGCUCUGGUCCACAGACACCUGACAGGGAGUUACCUGCCGCUGGAGAACGCAGAAGGCCGCCAGUACAUUAAGGAUGUCCUAGUUGAUGGCCAGAGCCACUUGUUGAUCAUCAGAGAAGAAACAGAACUCCCGGCAGCUCAGUUUGCCUGUUGGGUGGAUGCAGUCAUCUUGGUCUUCAGUUUGGAAAACGAGUCCAGCUUCCAGGAAGUUUACAAAAUCUACCACCAGCUCGCUGUCCAUCGACCCAUCACUGAGAUACCUUUCAUAGUAGUCGGCACUCAGGAUAAGAUCAGCAGCACCAACCCCAGAGUCAUAGAUGAUGCCAGGGCCAGACAGCUCUGCUCAGACGUGCGGCGCUGCACCUACUAUGAAACCUGUGCAACGUACGGCCUCAAUGUGAACCGAGUCUUCACUGACGCUGCUCAGAAGAUCAUGGCAGCCAAGAAGCAGGCUGCCCUGCUGGCUUCCUGUAAAUCUCUUCCCAAUUCUCCCAGUCACUCUGGCGGCUCCACUCCAGUGUCUGGAGUCUUUCCAGGACAGGCCAGUAAUGGUGGUCAGAGCAGCGAUUACUCCUCAUCGCUUCCCUCCACUCCUGUGAUCAGUCAUAAAGAGAUUGGCAGAACACUGAGAGGGGAGAAGCAGGACAGCGCCACGCCUGGGUCGGUACGCAGUGUCCGCAGGCGCACCACCAGAUUUGCGGGUCGGAGAGGCAGCGACUCAAACAGAAGAAGUGCCGACUAUAAAGGCGAUCUGGGCAGCGGACGCUGCAUCCCCAUCAAACAGGGCAUCUUGCUGAAGCGCAGCGGGAACUCGCUCAACAAAGAGUGGAAGAAGAAGUAUGUCACGCUGUCCAACGACGGCAUACUGUCCUAUCACGCCAGUGUCAAUGACUACAUGCUGAAUGCCCCGGGGAAAGAGAUGGACCUGCUGCGAGUGACAGUGAAGGUGCCAGGAAAACGACCGCCUCGUGCUGUACCCACCUGUGGCCCUCCGGCCGGGCUCAAUGGGCGGGUCAAAGAUGUGCCAGGACCUGAGGUCCCGGUGAGUGCGAGUGGCCUCCUUCAUGUGGAGGAGAUGGAGGGUCUGGGUGGAGGAUUGUACCUGAGGAGUAACAGAGGAGUGCAGCGAUGUCCGUCCACACUGUCCAACCACGCUCAUAGCGUUGACUCUGCGGUUGAGGGAGUCUCCAGCUCUUCCUCUACCAAAGAUGUUGGCUGUGCCUCCCCAGUGACAGACAGGAAGAAGCAUCGCAGAAAGAAGAGCAUGAACCAGAAAGGAGAUGCAACCAUUGGCCAGGCUGAUGCCAAGCGCAAAAUGUGGAAACUCAAAAGCUUUGGUAGCUUAAGAAACGUAAGCAAGACAGAUGAGGACAACUUUGACUUCCUUAUUGUGUCGAGUACUGGCCAGACAUGGCAUUUUGAAGCCCAGAGUGUGGAGGAGAGGGACUCCUGGGUCCAAGCCAUCGAGAGCCAGAUCUUGGCCAGCCUGCAGCUGUGUGAGAGCAGCAAAAACAAGGCUCGCAAGAACAGCCAGAGUGAAGCAGUGGCUCUGCAGGCGAUCCGCAAUGCAAAGGGCAACAACUUCUGUGUCGACUGCGAUGCUCCCAAUCCAACCUGGGCCAGCCUGAAUCUGGGCGCUCUCAUAUGCAUCGAGUGUUCUGGGAUCCACAGAAACUUGGGGACCCACCUGUCACGGGUUCGCUCCCUGGCCCUCGAUGAUCUUCCACGAGAGCUGACGCUGGUUCUCAGUGCCAUCGGCAACCACAUGGUCAACAGUACAUGGGAGGCUCGCACAAUGGGCCACCGGAAGCCGGCACCUGAUGCCACACGAGAGGAGCGUGAGUCGUGGAUAAGAGCCAAGUAUGAGCAGAAAGUGUUUGUGGCGCCGCUGCCUCCUCCCACUCCCAACGAAGGUCCAGACAUCACUCUCUCUGGCCGUCUUCUGUUGGCAGUGAUGGAGCACAAUCUUCCCAAGCUGCUGCUCCUCUUGGCCCACUGCACUAAGGAGGACAUUAAUGCCCCCCUCAGCCUGGCGCUCUCUUCCAGGUCCCUGUUAGCGCUGCGGCUGCCCGGCUCUGCCCUGCACGCCGCCUGUCAGCAGGGCGAUGUGGUGAUGACACAGCUGCUGGUUUGGUACGGCUGUGAUGUCCGGUAUCGGGACGCUCAGGGUCAGACAGCGUUGGCUCUGGCUCACCACGCCGGCAGCCAGGAGUGCGUCGACAUCCUGCUCCAGUACGGCUGCCCGAACGAACCGACCCCCUCCGUCGCCGCGACAGUUGGCUUCGCAGCGGCCUCCCCGUCCAGCUUCCCCGUUGCCAUGACGCCGAGCCUGACGGUUGCCACAACGCUCAAGAUCUCGCACAAGAGCAGCGGCACCAGCCUGAGCUACAGCACCUCCAGGAGAGCAGUGUCGUAACUGAAAAACGUGGCAUAAUGUGCGUGUGCGUGUGUGAGCUUGUCGCUUUGCCCUCAUAGUGUCCUGUACAUACACGCAGGCCGGCGAGACUGCGGUGGCAGAUGUUGCUCCUGAAGCCAGGUUGAGGUUUGUGGAGGUGCUUGGUUUGUCAGGGGUGCACAUUCAGUCUGCUGGAGGGAUUUAACCAAAAGAGAAGUUUUCCUGACUUAUACUUUGUAUAUGAUGGUACAGUUAACAGAACGUGACGUCCAAAAUGGUUCGGCAUUCAGGUUUUAAUAGGAAUAUGUUGAACUGUGUGCCAGAUGGUAUGACUCACAUUUCAUCAUGCAGUUAAUAUUCACCUUUAUUCUGCUCUCAGUUGACGGUGGAGAUCUGCCUGCAGCCUCAAACAGCUUAUCUGACCAUCUACAGCCCAGACGUAAAGAACUGCAAUAAGUUUACCGUCUGAUAGAGGGACGGCGGCAGGCCUAACAUUAAAGACGGCAGCAGCUAUUAAUUUUGACAAUGAAUGUCGGUUUUAACUUCAGUUUGAUCAACACAGCUGGUCAUUCAGUGCAUAAAAACGUUGUAUAAGUUUAAAAAAAAACUUUACUGUGGCUGGAAAGAGUUAAAGAAAAUCAAAAAUAACUGUAUAGAAAUGCAUUGAUAAAAAUAGUAUAAAUCUAAAAAUCUAAAAGUGCUUCAUUUUCCAGAUUGCUAUUGUAUGAUUUGUACAGUUGGUUCCGUGUAUAAAACUCAAAGGGUGACUCGUAGCUGUUCAGAGAUUUCCUGCACAGCGUCUUGGUUCAGCGUUUCCUUUGAUAACCACCUGAUUAACUGAGAUUUUUAUGUUCUGUUUGUAUCGGUGGCAUUAAUACUGUACAGGGUGUGUGCAUUAUGACUCCAGCAGUAGCUCAUUAUGAAGCGAGUGUAACACUAGAAAUGUAAAAGAACAAGUGAAAUGCCUUGAUUUUUCAGUUGAAUGUAGACGACAACAGAUGAGUUCAUUAUUUCAAGUACUAACGUGGCUUCCAGAUUAUAGAGUUUCAGUUGACUUGGCGGGGCGUUUUUAUUUUUUAAUCAACUAACAUUAUUCCUGCUGUGACUAAUAGAAAUGAAAAGUGUGAUGUGACAGAUGAAAACCUGGCAUCUGCAAAUCCGGAGCCUUCGAAUGACUUAAUGAUGUUUGUAAGUGGCUGAAAAUAAACCUGCAACAGAGGAAUGUUCCCCCACAUGAAUAUUUUUUAAAAAGAUGCCUAAAAACCAACCCUCCUGCUGUACUGUAUGUAUUUUUGUGUUGAUCUGAAGACUCAACUGACUGUACAUGUCUGUGAUGUAAGCAUCUCUCUCUCCAUUUGUAUUUUUUUUUACUCAUGCAAUGAUUCACAGAGAAAAGACAUCAUUAUCAAUACAGUAAUGCUACUGCCCAAGA